GCAGGACAGCAGCAGCGGCUCUGUUCCUCUAAAAUGGCUGAAAUGUGAACCAAAAAGAACCAGAACAGAACCAGAACCACACAGAACCGAGCUUCCGGUCUGUAGCUUUGGUCUCUGUUCGGGUUGAGUCGGAUUCUGCCGGAUUUUACCGAACCUGAAACUUUUCAAUGAACUGCAGGGUUCUCCACAUCCUGAACCCUCGCCCCGGGGGUCCGUCGCCCAUCAUGCCCGUCGACAUGGCCGUGAGAAUCUGCCUCGCCAGCUCGCCCCCUCUGCGCUCCUUCCUCGGUAACUAUGACAACCGCUGCUCUUCCUCCGCGGCGGCCGCUCUCUCUCUGCCGCGCUGCCAGCCGCUGCGGCCGUGCCUGGCGUCCUCCGGCGUCACCACGGCAACCGCGGCCUCAUCGGCGGCAGAGGAGAGCAGCAGCAGCCGCGCGUGGCUCAGGAGGAAGAAGAAGAGCGUGGUGUUCGCAGACUCUCGCGGUCUGGCGCUGACUGCCGUCCACGUCUUCAACGAGUCGGAGGACGAUCCGCUGAGCGAGCUGCAGUUCCACUUGACGGAGCUUGAGGGUGCCGCCGGCAGGCUGCAGGACGAGACAGAAUCGGCUGAUGGUGGGUCGGGUUUGGUGCUGGACUUCACCCAGCCGGCUGCAGACUACCUGGACCUGAGGAACCGGCUCAAAGCCCAGCAGGUCUGUCUGGAGACCUGCUCGGUCCAGGACCGCCUGCUGUCGGGGACCGUGCAGGUCCGGAACGUCUGCUUCGAGAAGUCUGUUUCGGUCCGGAUCACCUUCGACUCGUGGCGGUCCCACCGCGACGUUUCCUGCUGCUACCUGAACAACGUGUACGGUUGCCAUGACACCGACACCUUCGCCUUCACCGUCUCCGUGCCCGAAGUCCUGGACCUCGCUGACAGGAUCGAGUUCUGCAUUCAGUACCAGACCCGGGACCGGAUCUUCUGGGACAACAACCUCGGGGACAACUACCGGCUGGCGGUGACGGAUCCACACGGCGACCCGGUCCGGAUCGCUGAGAGCUCGGCCGGCCUGCAGGUCCAGAGAGACGUGGAGAAGACGGACUUUGACCCGUUAGGAAGUCCCAGAACCUCGGCGCAGAUCUUCUCUGAGUGGCAGAGCUGGCGACGCCUGGAGACCGGCGCCCCCUACUGGUGAGACCAGCACCCCCUACUGGUGAGACCAGCGCCCCCUACUGGUGAGACCAGCACCCCCUACUGGUGAGAUCAGCGCCCCCUACUGGUGAGACCGGCGCCCCCUACUGGUGAGACCAGAGCCCCCUACUGGUGAGACCAGCACCCCCUACUGGUGAGACCAGCGCCCCCUACUGGUGAGACCAGCUGUUGAUCCAGAUGUUCGUAGACACUGAGACACUUUAGCUCCCAACCUUCAUUCCAGUCACUCAGGACCCAGAAACCAGAACCUGCCCCUCGUCCGCCGAGACCUGAACCACCAGAGCGACGCGUUAAAAUAUGCAAAUAAAACAAAACUUUCCAGAGUGACGAGCCGGAGGAAGACUUCAUCAUCUUCAUCAUGUGAUCCACCAGGUUGAUUAACUUCACAGUAAACAGCUUCUUAUUAAAGCUGCAAUGGUCAAUGGAUUAGUUGAUCAAUCGAUUAGUUGAUCAAUCGAUUAGUUGCAAACUAAUUAACAAAUCUUUAUUUUGAUAAUUUAUCGUUUUUAAGUAAAAUGUGAAAAACUCUCAGAUUCAGUUUCAUGUGAAUAUUUAAACUGAGUCUUUGAUCAUCUAAUCGAUUAAUUGAUCGAUGAUGUCACUGCUGCUUCGUACCAGCAGAGAUCAGGUCCAGGAGGAGACCAGCAGCACACUGUGAACCUGGUUCUGAACUGGUUCACUUCAGAACCCGACGUGAGCCUGAUCUGUUGGACCGAAGGCUCGAGAACUCAGCAAUGCUCGUAUCCAUGGAAACAGCUGAAAGCAUGUGUUUGAUCAGCAGCAACGACGAAGCCUCAAAAUCAGUUUCAGUCAUACCAUGAUCCACAUCCUGUAACCUGAGAACAUGUAGGGAACAUGUGGGGAACAUGGAAAUAAACAUGUAGGGAACAUGUGGUGAACAUGUAGGGAACAUGUGGGGAACAUGGAGAUAAACAUGCAGGGAACAUGUGGGGAACAUGUAGGGAACAUGGAGAUAAACAUGUGGGGAACAUGUAGGGAACAUGGAGAUAAACAUGUGGGGAACAUGGAAAUAAACAUGUAGGGAACAUGUAGGGAACAUGGAGAUAAACAUGUGGGGAACAUGUGGGGAACAUGGAGAUAAACAUGUGGGGAACAUGUAGGGAACAUGGAGAUAAACAUGUAGGGAACAUGUAGGGAACAUGGAGAUAAACAUGUAGGGAACAUGGAGAUAAACAUGUGGGGAACAUGUAGGGAACAUGGAGAUAAACAUUUGGGGAACAUGGACAUAAACAUGUGGGGAACAUGUAGAGAACAUGGAGAUAAACAUGUAGGGAACAUGUAGGGAACAUGGAGAUAAACAUGUAGGGAACAUGGAGAUAAACAUGUAGGGAACAUGUGGGGAACAUGUAGGGAACAUGGAGGGAACGUUUACUCACACUUGUCGUAUUCGGAUGUUUUUAACCCAAAAACAGUUCAGAUGAGUUCAUGACAGUUUUGUGUGCUGUUAAUCGAUUCACUGAUUGAUUAAUUGAUCAGCAGAUAUCUGGCCAGUGUUUGAUCAGCAUCUCUAGAAAAAUAAGUGAUACAAGUUAAGACAUUUGCAAAACUAGAUAGAUAGAUAGAUGGAUAGAUGGAUAGAUGGAUAGAUGGAUAGAUAGAUAGAUAGAUAUAUAGAUAGAUAGAUGGCACCUUACAGGACUGAAACCAAUAAAGUGCAAUAAAAAUAAAAGUGCAUGAGCUGAGUGCAAAUGUUGCUGCUAGUGCAGACCCAGCAGAGGGGGGGGGGGGGGGCUGUUGAGGAGUCUUAUUGCUUCGGGGAAGAAACUGUUUGUCAUCCUGGAAGUCUUUCCUCUCACAGACCUGAACCUGGAACAGGAGGAACAGGUAGGUUAGGGUGAGAAGAGUCUUUGAGGAUCCAGAUUGAAGGAUAGUUGUGAGGUCUGGCGGCUCAGUCCUGAUCAGUCCUGAUCAGUCCUGAUGAUCUUUCCAGCUGUUUUGAUGACUCUCUCUCUGGCUUCCUGUUCCCGGCUCUGCAGAACGUCAGCACGCUCUCAGCACAGCGGGAGAAGUUGAUCAGCAGCUUCUGUGGUAGAUUUUCUCUUCUUAGUUUCCUGAGAUAGAAGAGGCGUUGCUGGUCUUUCCCAAUGACUGAAGCUGUGUUGUUGCUCCUCCGUCACUGUUAGACAGACUCGCUCCAGCUCCUCUCUGCUGAUGUAGAGCGAGGGAUGGUUGCACCGCCCGAACCUCCAUCAUCUCCUUGUCUUGUUGAUGUUCAUGCUGAGGUUGUGAUUGGUGCUCCAGGCUUCCCACAUGUAAGCAGACUCAUGAUUGGUUGAGAUGAGGCCGAGCGCUGUGAUGUCAUCAGCAAAUGUAAAGAUGUAGCUUGUCGGCAGUGCAGAGUCACAGAUCCAUCAGACUGAUUGAUAGCUAAUCAGUUACAGGAUGUGAGGCUGGUACAUUUAUCUCUACAUUGACCUUUGACCUCCAGCUGCUGGUCACCUGACGCUACAGGUGGAGGUCGGCGUCAUCUGUUGCCGGGCAGAUUAGGCCGCCAUGUUUUCCUGAGUCACAUGAUCGUUCAAGCAUUUUAUUUUUUUAGUUUUUUUGUUGUUGUUUUUGUUCCUCAUUGGCUCUGAGCCCAAGGUGAACCUCAUCCUGAUUGGCUCCCACUGUGUCUUUGUAGUCUUUUUGUCAUGGUAACUGCUGUAGGCGGAGAAAGAGCUAAAAAGCUAAACCUGCACUUCCUGUUAGCUCCUGUAGCCAUACCAGCUUAAAAGCCUUUACUAAGCUAAGUGUGUGUGCGUGUGUGAGUGUGUAUGCGUGGGUGUGCGUGUGUUGUAUAUAAAGAGUGUGACAGGAAGUUGAAGAAGGGAAAUGAAACGUGAAUAUUUAAUGAGGUCGACGUCGACUGUAAACAAGGCUGUAACGUUAAGUGCAAUGUAAUGAUGUAAUGAUGAUGUAAUGAUGCAGGAAGUGAUCUAAGCAGGAGUAAGUGGAUGACUGUUUCCUUGUUGGUGUGUGUCCUUUCAGAAUAAAAGUCUAAUGUUUGUAGCGUUGUCUCUCCUGUCCGUUUAAAUAAUUUUCUAAAUAAAUGUUGGUAAGAUUUUUAAUUCAUAAAUCAGUUAAUCUAGUUUUAAAAGCAGCAUCAGGUUUGUUAAGUGGACUUAUACUAAUAAUGACAUUUAAAACAUCAAAAGGUUUUAUAGUGUCCAUGUGGUUCAGUUUAAAUUUAAAGGGUUAAAAUGAUAAAAUAAACGUAUGAAUAA